UAUAUAAAACUAGAAACUUCAAUUUAUAAAAUGUUUCUUGAACUAUUUUAUUAUUAUUAUUUUUAUCCAAAUUACGGUCAAUCGAAUUUGGUCUAUCUUUCUUAAUCGAGAAGAAUAUAUGAUCGUUUCAUUUUUUUGUUCCAUCCACGACCGCUUGCGUCCUGUCAAGUGCUGUCAAGUACGGAUUAUCCUGUCGGAGACUUCGCGAUGCGAAGUGAAAAUCGCAAUAGCCAAAGAUGGGUUUUCUGGAGGACACUUUCGUGAUUCUCGUAACACAGGUGAUUUUCUUCUUAGGAGGAUGGGUAUUCUUUGUGAAGAAACUAUUUAGGGAUUAUGAAGUUCAUCAUAGGCUAGUGCAAUUAAUUUUCUCAACAACCUUCUCAUUGUCAUGUACCAUGUUUGAAUUAAUUAUUUUUGAGAUAGCAGGAGUCCUAGACUCAAGUUCUAGAUAUUUCCAUUGGAACGCUGGCCUUUACAUGCUUCUGUUUAUGGUGAUAGUACUGAUACCAUUUUACAUAGCAUAUUUUAUUAUCAGCAAUAUCAGAUUUGUAAGACUGAAUCUAAUACGGCCACUGACAGUUGUCAUAUACCUUUUCUAUCUUUACCUGUUCUGGAAAGUGGGUGAUCCUUUCCCCAUUUUAAGCCCCAAAAAAGGAUUGCUGUCUAUAGAACAGGGUGUCAGUCGAAUAGGAGUUAUCGGUGUCACUGUGAUGGCUCUCCUCUCGGGUUUUGGUGCUGUAAAUUACCCGUACACUUCUAUGGCUUAUUUCAUGCGUCCAGUUUCCUAUGCGGAUGUGCAGUCAAUAGAAAGACGACUACUGCAAACUAUGGACAUGAUAAUCGCGAAGAAAAAAAGAAUCGCAUUGGCCAAGAAAGGCGAGGCCGACGGACAAACCGAAGCUCGAUCUCGAAUAUGGGGGAUGUUGAAUCCGUUGAGUGGCACGAAGGGAAACCAAGAAACUGUCAAGCAAUUGCAAAUCGAAGUUGCCGCUUUAGAAGAAUUAUCGCGACAAUUGUUUUUGGAAGCGCACGAUAUACAAAAUGCGAGAGAACGCCUGGAGUGGGCCGCCACUUGGCAAGGGAAAUAUUUCAACUUUUUGGGUUACUUUUUCUCUCUAUACUGCACUUGGAAAAUAUUUAUUUCUACAAUCAACAUAGUGUUCGAUCGAGUCGGUAAAAAAGAUCCUGUAACCAGGGGAAUCGAAAUCGCAGUGCAUUGGAUCGGUUUUAAUAUUGAUGUUACGUUUUGGUCACAGCAUAUCUCUUUCUAUCUCGUCGGUUGUAUCGUUGUAACGUCCAUACGCGGAUUAUUGUUAACUUUAACAAAGUUUUUUUACGCUAUAUCCAGCAGCAAAUCUUCAAAUAUUAUUGUGCUCAUACUUGCUCAAAUAAUGGGAAUGUACUUUGUAUCUUCUGUACUUCUUAUGCGCAUGAACAUGCCGGCAGAAUAUCGAAUCAUAAUAACGCAAGUCUUAGGAGAACUGCAGUUUAAUUUUUACCACAGAUGGUUUGAUGUUAUUUUCUUGGUAUCAGCGUUAUCGUCAAUAGUGUUUUUAUACUUAGCUCAUAAGCACGCACCAACGGAACGCGUAUAAACAAAAUAAAGAUACUUUCUACUUGAAAAGAAAUGGAAUAUAUUUUAUUAUAUCUAAAUCUAAGAUUUGUUGAAUAAUAAAUAGUUGCAAUGUGAAAA